AUGACCAUCUUGCUUCAGAGAAGUUUACUGCCAGUUUGCAUUACACUAGCAUUGUACAUCAAAAUCUUGCAUACGGUUUGCCUCUUCGAAGGAAUCAAAGCGAACCAUUUUAACAUGAACUCUCUGUUCAAAAUAGGUGGCUACUCUUCUCAGCAAUGUCUCCAUGAAACAACUGAUUUCAGAUUCCCCAAGGAGGUUACUAAGGUCACACAGAACAAUAUGACAAUUAUAAUCUACGAGUUCCUCCAACAAACUUUCCAGCUAUUUAGCAAAAAUCUUCCUGUUGGCACUUGGAAUAAAAGCCAGACUGAGAAAUUAAAAAACAGCAUUCAUCAGCAAAUUGAAAAAAUAGAGAUAUGUUUGUCAGAAGAGCUAAGAAGAGCAAGAAACAGCUUUCAAACAUGGAUCCUAACAAGCACUACAUUCAGCAUGAAAAAGUACUUCAGAAGAAUCACCAAUUUCCUAAAAGAUAAACAAUACAGCCACUGUUCCUGGGAAGCCGUCCAAAUGGAAUUGAGAACAUGCCUUAUAAUUUUUGACAGUCUUAUGAAAAAACAUACAUUAUAA